AUGCGAGCCCUAAUUCUCAUAGGAGGUUUCGGGACUCGAUUACGACCUCUUACUCUAAGUGUCCUUAAACCCUUGGUUGAAUUUUGUAAUAGACCAAUGCUGAUGCAUCAAAUAGAGGCUUUAGUUGGGAUCAAAACUGUUAUUCUCGCAAUUAAUGAGGAGGCUGCCUGUCUAGAAAACGAGAUUCGGAGGAUGUGCAAGAUGGUUAUUAAAAAAUCAGGUGUUAAUGUGAUAUUCUCGUAUGAAUCCGAACCUCUUGGUACAGGUGGGCCACUCGCCAAUGCAGCGCACUUGCUCUACGAAUCAGAUGAACCCUUUUAUGUUCUUAAUAGUGAUAUAAUUUGUCAAUAUCCUUUUUCGAAAUUAAUGGAGUUCCAUAAAUCCCAUGGGAAGGAGGGAACCAUGGCAGUAACAAAAGUCAAAGAACCCAGCAGAUUUGGUGCAGUUGUCUUUAAUGACCAAUCUGGUGCUGUACAGCGUUUUGUUGAAAAGCCACUAGAUUUUAUUGCAAACAAACUGAGACCUACUUCUUUAGAAUUAGAAAUAUUCCCUCCGAUGGUUGAAGAUGGUGAAUUAUAUUGCAUUGAAAUUGAUGGUAUUUGGAUGGACAUAGGCCGCCCUAAAGACUUCUUACUCGGAAUGCAAAUGUAUUUGGACCAUCUACGAAACAAAGGACGCCUUGAACGUCAUGAUCCCCCUGAUUUUAUUGGAAAUGUCCUCAUUCAUCCCUCGGUGCAAAUCGGUACCCACUGUGUGAUCGGACCCAACGUCACUCUUGGACCUAAUGUGUGCAUAGGGGACGGCGUGCGGAUUCAAGACUCUGCUAUUCUUAGCGGAGCCAAAGUCCGUUCUCAUUCUCGGCUAGAGGGAAGCAUUGUUGGUUGGAAUUCAGAUGUUGGACAAUGGGCGCGUUUGGAAAGUGGCACAGUUCUAGGCGAAAAUGUGCACGUGAGUGACGAGGUCCUCCUUAACGGUGCUUUAGUCCUUCCGCACAACCUCGUCUCUGCGUCAGUCCACGAGCCUCAAGUCAUCCUCUAG